GACGCCAACCUGACCGCGAUCCAAAAAGCCACCACAGUCCUCCUCUGCAUCGACCCCGCCGACAUCCCGACCUUCUUCGCCGACGGCGCCCUCCGCGCCGCCCUCUCCGGCAAACUCCUCAUCAGCAUCGCCGCCGGCUGGACGCGCGCCGCGCUCUUGGCCCUCGCGCCGGACGCCCCCGAUCUGCAGAUCAUCCGCACCCUCCCCAACAUGGCCGCGCUCGUCGGGCAGAGCAUCACCGCGAUCGAAGUGCCCCCGCCGCCGCUUGCCACCCCUGUCCCUGACAUCGCCCUCACGCAGACGAUCUUCGCGGCCGUGGGCCGGACGCAGCUCAUCCCGCCGGCCCAGAUGACCGCCUUCACGGCGGUGGGGGGCUCGACGCCGGCGUUCGUGGCCGUGUUCGCCGACGCGCUGAUCGAGGGCGCCGUCGCGAUGGGGUUCCCGCGCGCGGAUGCGAGGACUACAGUGCUGCAGGCCCUCCGGGGCGCGACGGCCUUGAUGCAGGAGGGCGGGUUGCAUCCUGCUCUACUCAGGGAUCAGGGGACGUCGCCGGGGGGUUGUACGAUGGGCGGGUUGAUGGUGUUGGAGGAGCGGGGGUUGAGGGGUACGGUGGCCCGGGGGAUGAGGGAGGCGGUUUCGGUGGCGGGGUUGAUGGGGAGGCUG